AUGUCUCUCGUCAACCUCGCCGCCGUCUGUUCGCACCUGAACAAUGCCACCAAGGCCCGCCUGGCACUCACUUCCAUCCCCAACAGCAACCUCCACCUAAAGCUCUCCCUCGCCCUCCAAAACUCCGGCUACAUCUCCUCCGUAGUCCGCGGAGGCCCGACACCACCUCCCGCCCAUGCCAUCCUCGGCUACCCAGCUGCCAACGAUACAACCGAAGGAAUUGAGCCAAUCACUCGCGAUAACGUUGCCUCAAGGCGGUUGUGGCUUGGUCUCAAGUACUGGCAGAACGAGUCCGUCCUGGGCAAGGUCAAGAUGGUCAGCAAGCCCACCCGCCGGGUGAACAUCGAUGUGGAGGGGCUCCGCCUGGUCGUCUGUGGCAAGGAAGCUGGGGGCGUGGCUGGCCUUCGUUCGCCCGGUGAGAGUCUGUACCUCUCCACAGACAAGGGGAUCUUGGAGGCGCGUGAAUGUGUUGAGAAGAAGCUCGGUGGGCUGGUUCUGUGCCGUGUGCUAUAA